AUGGUGGCAGGAGGGAGGCACGCGAGACGGACAGCGACCAUGGCGCUGGAGCGAAUGGUGGUGGGCGACUUGGCUGUCCGGCUGGCGGCGCGAGGCGGGGCAGUGAGCGACGAGAGAGGCGGAGGGGCGGGGUGGGAGAGACGCACAGACGUGCUCUGUGAAUCUGGCGAGGAGGGUGCUGGAGAGGGAGGUGAUGGAACGGAGAGUGGAGAGGGAAAGGAGGGCGAGAAGAGAAAGUGUGGAUUGAUAAAUGCGCCAGAUGACGGUGUCGUUGAGAGCACGCACGCCACAGCAGAUGCGGGAGGUGGUGCAUACGGAAUGGAGGGCACAGCAACGCCGCCAAGGGCAGCGUCAUGUGAUGUGAGCGGGGCAGAGGUGGGGUCGGAAGGCAUGCAGCAGGCGACGCAGCAGCCCUUGGCCAGGUCUGCUAUUCCGAAGAGUGUGACGACUCCCAGCAGCGCGUCCCACUUCGCCCUGGGCGCACCUCUCUCGUGGGCUGUGCUGCCUGACUCUGUCUCCAGCUUCCUCCACAGCCCCACCCCUCUGCACCACAGCGGAAGCGACGCAGCAAUCCUACUCGCAUCUGACCCAGCUUCUCAUGCUGUUGCACCGCUCCCUGCUGCUGUGAGCCCUUAUGGAUUGAGUCUUCCAGCCAUCCAGGAUACAGCGGAAGGGGAGGUGGCAGCGGCACAAGCGAGGCAGGAUGCUGAGGUCAGAGGUAGCAGGCGCCCCGCUGCUAUCUCACACCAGUUGUUGAAGCACCCAGAGGAGGUGGAGGAGGGCGAGUGCGAUGGCAGUGGGCUGUGGAGCACAAGGUCUGAACGCCUCUUCCCGCCCGCAUGGGCAAGGUCCCCGCUGAGGACGGGUGGAACGAGGCAUGAGGAGCACGGGGAAGUGGCACGGGCGAAAGCAAGAAGAGCACGAGGUGAGGGUGGUUCGCAGGCAGAGACGGGGAUGCUGAAGAUGCACACAGUGAAUGUGGCGAUCCUUGCACGGGAAGCCAACGCCAGACAGGAGAGGCUUGCAGAGGCGCUCAGAGGGGUGAGAGUGAGGCAGACAAAGCCCUCUGGAGCAGGUGCGGCAGAGAAGGCAGAGGAAGGGACGUGCAAGAUGGAAGCUGCAGGGGGCAGGCAGAAGCACAGGCAUAGAAGGGGAGGGUCGGUGGAUUUGGAUGCGCGGACUCCUCUGAAGGAGCGAACGUCGCGAAACCAGACGAUCCAAGGCGGGAAGUGCAACUUCGUGGAAGAUGAGUUUAUGGGGAUAGUGGAGGAGUUCUUGAAUAGGCCCAAGGCUAAAACCGUGCAUCCAAAAGUCAGUGCACGCUCCGAUUUCCCCCUCACGUCGCCGGUCUCGUGUUACAACCUGUUCACCCGCAGCACUUACGUUAGUGAACAAUCGUCGCGUUACUCGCGGCUUGCUUUCAAGCUCGCGCCGCACAAGAUGCUCUUUUCACACUUGCUGCGGUUCAGCCUCGCGUCCCGAUCGUACCGUUUUAGGCACGGGUCGCUCACGCGAAUGCCGUACAGGGUCGCCAGACGCGCGCUGCCGUUAGUCUCAUAUGUUCCCCCUCGUCGGCCGCUCUUUCCCACGUCAUACCGCUUUCCUCGUCGCCCGCAAUUUCCCUCAUCUCCCUCGCCGACCCUCGCCGCCCUCGCCUCUGCUUGUCGCCCGCGCUUCCCGUCGUCGCCCUUGCUUCCCCGUCACCCGUGCUUCCCGUCGUCGCCCUUGCUUCCCCGUCACCCGUGCUUCCCGUCGUCGCCCUUGCUCUCCCGUCACCCGCGCUUCCCGUCGUCGCCCUUGCUUCCCCGUCACCCGCGCUUCUUCUCAUCUCUCGCUCUCCUCCUCAACGUCUUCGUUUUCCUCGUCGCCAUAACGCCCUCGCUUCUGCCCGUCGCCCUCGCCUCCCCACAUACCCGCCUCCAUCUCCCCCACAUACCACCCGCCUUCCUCCCCACAUUCUAUUCCGCUUGUCAUACGCUCUUCUCCUCUUCCUCCCUUCCAUCUCUCCCUCCCUCCCUCUCCCUCUCUCUAUCUCUCUUUCUUCGAACCUCUCUCACCCUUUCUUCCACCCUUCUUCCUCCUGAGGGGAAGGGACUGAAUGAGAGAGACAGAGGGGAUAGGACAGAAGGGUAUGCAGAUGUUCUUUUCCCCCACGCGCUUCCCCUCAUCGCCCUCACUUCCCCCAAAUUGUUGCCCCCUGUCUCUGUUUUUCCCAACCACCCGUUCUCCCACCAGCCCUGCUUCCCCCUUUGCCCUGAUUCCUUCCACCCUCUGCCCUGCUCCCCCCCAUCCCCUUCCCUGCUUCCCCCCACCCUCUGCCCUGCUCCCCCCAUCCCGUUCCCUGCUUCCCCCCACCCUCUGCCCUGCUCCCCCCCAUCCCCUUCCCUGCUCCCCCCCACCCUCUGCCCUGCUCCCCCCCAUCCCCUUCCCUGCUCCCCCCCACCCUCUGCCCUGCUUCCCCUCAUCCCAUUCCCUGCUUCUCCCCACCCCCUGCCCUGCUUCUCCCCAUCCCCUUCCCUGCUUCCCCCCAUCCCCUUCCCUGCUUCCCCCCAUCCCCUUCCCUGCUUCCCCCCAUCCCCUUCCCUGCUUCUCCCCAUCCCCUUCCCUGCUUCCCCCCAUCCCCUUCCCUGCUUCUCCCCAUCCGCUUCCCUGCUUCCCCCCAUCCCCUUCCCUGCUUCCCCCUACCCUCUGCCCUGCUCCCCCCCAUCCCCUUCCCUGCUUCCCCCCAUCCCCUUCCCUGCUUCUCCCCAUCCCCCUCCCUGCUUCCCCCCAUCCCCUUCCCUGCUUCCCCCCAUCCCGUUCCCUGCUUCCCCCCAUCCCCUUCCCUGUCUCCGUUGCUGGGGCGGGAGCAGUGCUCUGUCGCACACUGGGUCGUUCGGCCCUCCCAUAUCCUCGGGGACAGCUGACGCAUAG